AUGUCGACACCUUCAUCGCGUCUCUCGGGGUCGGGAGUUAAAAGCUUCCUGCCAUUGUCCGAAGAGACGGCUCUCUCGACUCGAGGCCAGCACCUUCCGCAGCUGAUACGCGAGCGCUCGACGACAAAUGCGCCUACCGCAGCAGGACGCCGUCGCCGUUCGUCGCUGGACGGCAACUUCGCUCCAGGCACCUCGUUCGAAGACACGGCCGCGGUCAGCGACAAUGAACCACCAACUCCCCAACAGCCUCGCUUCAGAGCUACUGCCACCGACCAGAACCCCGAUGCCUCUCGUCGUCUCAGCUCUGGCGCCGCUGCCCUUAUGACUCCCCAGAUGCGAAGUAUGCGCUUGAUUGGCAACAGCAACCCGCGCUACCGCUGGGAGAAGUACUUCACGCCCGACGAGGAACUCCAGAAGAUGAAGAAGCCCAUCCGUCAAUACUACGAGAGGAACAACUUCCUGAUCCAGCAGUAUCUGUACAUUGACAGGUUGCUGGACUCGAGUUUGCCCCAUGAUUUGAUCCAGGAGUAUCAGUACAACGUUCACAGCAGUUCAGGAUCUGCCGCCGUUCCGCCCACUAUCAGUGAGGAAAAUGGCGGUACGAGUGCUGACGCUUCCGCAAAAGCCUCUCCUGCUAUAACGCCCCUCGAAGGCAACGGUACUGCCUCGGCAAACCAAAGUUACAGGCUCAAGAGAACCCCCAAGGCUUUGUAUCGUGUCGCUGAUGAAGAGACGCCUUUGUUGGCUGACGACAGUAACUCGCUGUUCAAUACUGGAAUCCCUGCAUUCGAACCCGAUGACGAGCCUGAUAGCCAGAGCCGCGUUGUUACUGUAGCCAUUUACCUGAACUUAGUCGCCAACACUGUACUCCUCGCCUUGAAGAUUGUUGUCACCGUCCUCACCUCUUCCGUCUCCGUUUUGGCUUCCCUGGUCGAUGCAGCCUUGGACUUCCUCUCGACCGCGAUUGUAUGGACUACCACUAGACUGAUCAGCCACAAUGACAUGUAUGCAUACCCUGUCGGACGCAGGCGUCUAGAACCCAUCGGUGUUCUGGUCUUCUCCGUCAUCAUGGUCACCUCUUUCGUCCAAGUUGCCAUUGAAGGCUUCAAUCACCUCACCUCCCAGGACCACACCAUUGUGCAGCUUACCUAUGCCGCUAUUGCCAUCAUGUCUGCGACCGUCAUCAUCAAGUUUGGAUGCUGGCUAUGGUGCAGAUUGAUCCCAAACAGCAGCGUCCAAGCUCUUGCUCAAGAUGCAAUGACCGAUGUCGUCUUCAACAUCUUCUCCAUCAUCUUCCCUCUCUUGGGCUACUAUUUCAGUAUCUGGUGGCUCGACCCUCUCGGUGGUAUUCUUCUCUCCUUCUACGUCAUCCUCGGCUGGUCAUCUACGUCUCUCUCCCACAUCCGCAAUCUCACUGGUGCUGCCGCUUCUGCAGACGAGCGUAACGUGCUUCUCUACUUGACCAUGCGCUUCGCCAAGACCAUCAAGCAGAUCCAAGGAUUACAGGCAUACCAUUCUGGCGAUAAGCUGAAUGUGGAGGUUGAUAUUGUGCUUGAUGAGCACAUGUCGUUGAGAGACAGUCACGAUUUGGGUGAGUCUCUGCAGUAUGUGUUGGAAUCCGUGCCGACAGUCGAUCGUGCUUUUGUGCAUCAAGACUAUGCUAGUUGGAACUUGCCUUCGCACAUGAUACAGCAAGAUUAG